AUGAUUCAGCACAAAGUUAGUGGUGCGACACCACUGGACAUUCAAUCUUUGAAUCAACACCCGCAACGUCGAUGUUUACCUGCUUCCGGCAAUACCAAUAUUACCCAUAAACAGUUUGACUAUGUUCUACCUCCUCGACGCAGGGCAGAUACUUUGAUUUCUGUCUAUUGGAAGUAUGUUCAUGUCCUCUACCCUUAUUUGGACAAAAUCCAGGUCCAGGAGGAUUACGAAAAGCUAUGGAAAGGGGACGAUGGAACGAUAGAGGAUGAGCGGUCGUACAUGUGCUUACUGAACACCAUAUUUGCCCUGUCCAGUCAACUUGACGAGUCAACCCCGGUCGAGGAGCGAGAGCGCUUUGCUCACACUUACUACACUAGAGCCAGAAACCUGCUGGAUAUUGUGGAGGGCGGAUCUGUACGCUCUGUGCAGUCUUUCUUGCUUCUGGGCCAAUACUUCCAGAGUACCAACGAACCCCAUCCAUGUUGGAUGUUUGUAGGACUUGGUAUACGAACAGCACAAAGCCUUGGGCUUCAUUUGCCCGAAACCAGCGAACGUGCCGCUGAUAUCCGGACACGAGAGCUCCUACGGAGAGUGUGGCAUGGAUGUAUUCUUAUGGACAGGGUUGUUUGCAUGACUUAUGGUCGCCCUUGCAUGAUAGGUCCGAAAGCGGCUGUUACGGUACCUCUUCCCUUACCGAUCGAGGAGGAGGAGCUCAUGCGUGGGCCUGCCCAAGAGCGCCCGGCGCAACUGCAGCGAUCUUGCGUAGCCGAGUUCUACGUCCACUCCCUCAAAUUGUACGCAAUUUUACACGAUGUGUUGUUUAACUUCUACUCGGUCAAUUUUCAACAAACUCGUCCCCUGGAUGCCGACAAGUACUUCGGGUCCUUGAGCGAAGGGCAGUCUUCAGUCUUUGAGAUUGAGCACAGACUCUUCAAAUGGGAAAACAGCAUCUCUGACCACUUGAAAGUUGCUUCAAAACCUCAAGCUGACGAGCUAGGGUCCCAACUGUAUCGCCAAGCUGUCAUCCUACAUCAAAGGCAACUGCAUGUUCGCUUGUUACUCCUGAGACCUGUUCUGUCGAGUUUUAUCACCACCGAGUUUUACAACGGAGAUCGAUCCGUUCCCUUGGCAAGCGAGCUAUCUCAUAGAACAUUUUUACAAUGUGCAAUUGUCUGCGUCAGCGUGGCGCUAAAGGCUAUCGACACAAUCUAUCAAGGAAGAGGCCACAAUGCUGGCGACAUCGGAAGUCUGGCAGCGUGGUGGUAUAAUGUCCUUUACUUAUACACGUCAGCAACCGUGCUCAUUGCCGCUCGCCUCAGCUCUGCUAUCAUGGUUGAUGUUUCCGAAGAGUUGAUCCUUGAUGGCUGGCGCAAGGCGAUGGAAGUUCUCGACUGGUACAACCCGUUUGGUGCUUCCAUAAAACGUCUGACGACGACUCUGCGCCUCCUAUUCGACGCUGUACCUCAGCAAUAUUCUCGCUUUAAAGGCAACUCCCGAGGGUUCCAGCCAGAUACGUUGUCAGCUACUCGGAAUCUCGACCAAGGCUCGCCAUCCAUGCCACCAUUGCGCCCACCAGAACCAACCAACAUUGUCGCAAUGCCUGUGGCGGAGACUGCAAACACCUUACCGCAAGAUGAUACUAAUACUUUUUCUAGCGAAUGUUUUCUCGAUUUUGACACGGUAUUUGACCCAAACGAUCUUUCUUGGCUUAUGACCAUUCCGCUGGACGGUUAA